AUGUCUCUUCAGGCCGUCAAGUAUUCGCGAGGCCGCCUCGAGGUUCUCGACCAGCUCCGGCUGCCGCACGAGUUUCACUAUGACAGCGUGGCGACGCGGGCCGAAGCCUUCGACAGCAUCGCGAGCAUGCGCGUUCGAGGUGCGCCGGCCAUCGCCAUCGUCGCCAGCCUAGGCCUCGCCGUCGAGCUUCACCACGGACCCGUCCCGGGAACGACGGCAGAGGAGGCCGUCUCUCACAUCGACGAAGCCCUCGACUACCUCAAGACGAGCCGACCGACGGCCGUCGACCUCGGCAACGCCGUCGAACAGCUCAAGGCCCGUGUCCGCCUCUGCGGCGCCGGCGGCUCCAAGCAGGACGUCGUCGACGCCUUCAUCGACGAGGCCGAGGCCAUUCUCGAAAGGGACCUCCGGACGAACCUUGCCAUCGGCGAGUUUGGCACCGCCUGGCUGCGGGCAAAGGCCGGCGCCUCCCCCGAGGCGACGGUCUCGGUCCUGACGCACUGCAACACGGGCUCGCUCGCCACCUCGGGCCACGGCACGGCCCUCGGCAUCGUCCGCACCCUGCAGGCCGGCAAGCUUCUCCGUCACGUCUUCUGCACCGAGACCCGGCCGUACAACCAAGGCAGUCGGCUCACGGCCUUUGAGCUCGUCUACGAGGGCAUCCCGAGCACCCUCAUCACCGACUCCAUGGCCGCCUCGCUGUUCGGCGGCAGAAAGUCCGACGUCAACAUGGCCGCCGUCAUCGUUGGCGCCGACCGCGUCGUGCGCAACGGGGACACGGCCAACAAGAUUGGCACCUACCAGCUCGCCGUCGUUGCCAAGCACCACGGCGUCAAGUUCAUCGUCGCCGCCCCGACGACGAGCAUCGACCUCGAGACGCCGACGGGUGCCGGCAUCAAGAUCGAGGAGCGCCGGGCCGAAGAGUUGACGCAGGUGACGGGCGCCGUCGUCCGACCCGACGGCAGCGUCGACGAGGGCACCAAGGUGACGGUCGCCACGGCGGACCGGCGGAUUGGCGUCUGGAACCCGGCCUUUGACGUUACGCCGGCCGAGCUCAUCGACGCCAUCGUCACGGAAAAGGGCGUGGUGGAACGGGGGCCGGACGGCAGCUUUGACUUUCGCCCCAUCAUGGCCGAGAGGUGGGCGGCCGUCGCGGGACAAUGA